AUGGCAGGUAUCGAAACCCCUUCACCAUUCAUGAGUAUCCCAUCGGAGAUCAGGGUUAUGAUCUAUGAACUUCUUUUCGAUGACAAGAACAACAAAGUCUUCGAAAUUCGCAGCCAGAACCCAGAUGUAUAUGCCAAUCGUGCCAAUCAUCCUCUGCGGUCCUCCUACGCCAUUGAUCACUCACUCAUGCGGCAAAGAGCCCUGACGACAUAUCAACUAUGCACCGAUGUCGAAAUGCACACUUCUAUCAUGAGUGUGAAUCGCAAGAUAUAUGGAGAAACCACACAUCUGUUAUAUGGGAAUAGGACUUUCAGCUUUUAUAAGGAUAUCGAGGCUAUCGUGCCCUUCUUUUCCGACCUUACUCCUGGCACGCGAUUUUUAGUGCAAGAUAUAUCUCUCUUCAAACAGGGCUUUGUUUUCUGUCGCGAAUCAAAUCGAUGUGAAUGGAGCAAUCUUUGUGAAUUCUUGAGGGACCAGAUGCAAUUGAGGGGCUUGAGAUUGAUUGUCGAGGGAGGACGACCAAGAAUUGGAUGGGACGAGUCAAUGCAGUAUACAUCGGCUGAGUUCAAGACUUUGUCAAGCGUCGCAUAUGAACCACUGGAAUGGGCUUUGCAAUUACUGGAGAUCAAAGGUAUCCAGAAGUUGGAUAUUACUUCUGAGAUUCAUACUAUACCUCCGCCAAGCCAUUCUCCAUCCAUGGCUUUCUUCGGUGCAUUUUCUGCUUCGAUCGAUAAUGGGUUUGCAGAGUAUUUGCGGCAAGAACUCAUUGGUGUAUAA